AUGGCAACAUCAACUAAUGAAAAUAUAUCAAGUAGAAUAGAUUUAAUCGAUAGUUAUUUUUCUAAACAUACAUUAACAACAGUUGAACAAUUUGAUCAAGAAUUAAAUGACAAUAAUAAUUGUUGUAAUGAUAAAUGUUGUUCAUGUUUUAAUUAUUGGUGGAAUGUUAAAUUUAAUCAUCAACGUUUUAUUGUACAUAUAGUAGAAAAAACAACAUUUCAUAUAGCAAUUAUAAUACUUGUACUUCUCGAUUGUUUACUUGUUGUUGGUGAAUUAUUAUUAGAUUUUAUAUAUUUAAAUGAAAAAUGUGAACAUAAAAACACAAAAAAUAUAACAAAUAAUGAAGAAGUUACAAAUCAUAAAUUAGAAUUAGCAAUUGAAAUAUUACAUUAUGCAUCAAUUGCUUUAUUAGCUAUAUUUGUUUUUGAAGUUAUUACUAAAAUAUAUGCAUUUGGAAAAAAAUGGUGGGAUUUUCGAACAAAAAAAAUGGAAUGGUUAGAUGCAAUUGUUGUUAUUGCUUCAUUUGUUAUUGAUAUUUAUUUUUUAAAAAAACCAAGUGUUAUUGGAGAAAUUUCUUUAUUAUUCAUUUCAUUUCGUUUAUGGCGUAUUAUUCGUAUUAUUAAUAGUGUGGCUCAAUCAAUACGAUCACAAGAUGAAACAGCAAAAAAAAAUUUAGCUAAUACAUAUAUACAAGUAAUUGAAUUAUUGCUGAGUGUUUCAACAAGAAAAACUGAGGCUGCUUCUGAACUUCGACAUGAAUUAACAAGAGAAAAUUUUGAUAAAACUAUUGAAAAAUUUACUUCUCUUGAUCAAUCAUGUCGUACAAUACUUGCACAUUGUCAAAAACCAUCAUCAAGAAAUGCAAUUACGGAUAUAGCACAAACCUUACAGGAAGCUCUUGAACAUAUACGUUUAACAUCAUCGACAUUAGGUAUAACAAAUAAAAAGAAAUAA